GAUGCAGCAACUAUAACAGAAUAAUACAGCUGUUAUAGGAAUCCCCACCUGGCCGAUCUAGAAACACUCAUGGCUGCUCUCAUUUGUGCCCUGCGGCCAGUGUGUCGUGGCGGGACGGUGCAAACCCAGCCGAGCAGGGAAGCUGAACUGUCCAUACCGCUGGAUCGCGGCAUCACCCAGCUCCCUUCCGCCGGCGCAGCUCCAGCUGGCCACAGCGUGACGCUUGCAGCCUGCGCUGUGUUUUGGAAGCGACACCCGGGGCAGACCCCGCCGGGGAGCACGCCCUCCCGGGCGCGGUUGGCAGCCGGGCUGCGGCGGGCGGGGCGGGCCUUGGCUGCCCGCGCCUUGGCGAUGCUCGCUGGCUGCCAGAGCGCGGGGAGCGGCGGCGCGGGCGGCAUGUGGGCAGCGGCCCCUCUCCCGCUCCUGCUCCUGCUCCUGCUCGGGCUGCUCCUGCUGCUCCUGCUGCUGCUGCCGCCGCUGGCGCGGCUGUGCCGGCGCGGGGCGGCGCGGCUGGAGCCGGCCGGCCGGGCCGUGCUCAUCACGGGCUGUGACAGCGGCUUCGGGCACCUGCUGGCGCUCCGCCUGCACCGCCUGGGCUUCACCGUGUUCGCGGGCUGCCUGUGCCCCGGCGGGGACGGGGCGCGGCGGCUGCAGCGGGAGGCGGGCGGCGCCGGCCGGCUGCGCGUCCUGCGGCUCGACGUGACCCGCGCCCGCGACGUGCGCGCCGCCAAGGAGCUGGUGCUCAGCCAGCUGCCCGAGCGAGGUUUCUGGGGCCUUGUCAACAAUGCAGGAAUAUCAACAUUUGGUGAGACAGGGUGGCUGCCUAUGGAGACAUAUGAAAAAUUUGCAGAUGUGAAUCUCCUUGGGAGCAUCAGGACAACCCUGGCAUUUCUUCCCCUUCUAAGGAAAUACAAGGGACGUAUUGUUUUCAUGUCCAGCAUCAUUGCCUAUUUCACUCUGGGUAAUGGCAUUUAUUCUAUGACCAAGGCAGCUAUUGAAAAAUUUUGUGAUGCUUUAAGACUGGAAAUGAAAAAGUUUGGUGUCCAGGUAAGUGAUGUAACAAAACCUGGAAACCAGGUAAGUGAUGUAAUGAGUUAUGUGAAACAGAGUAACAAAGAUAGAAGCUCAGAAAUGCUUUCAUGGGUGCAGCUUCCUUCUGGAAAGAGGCGGUCUGUCUGUGGCUCAUCACUCAGCUGGAAAUCACUGGGAACAGCAGUCCUGGGGGAUGUUUUUGGUUCUGAGAAGCUGCUGGGUAACAGUCUGUGUGCCAGCACUGAAACUUCCACAUCCUCUGCAGUGGAGAAGCUUCCUGACACAGGCCUGCCUGAGCUCCCACCAGCAGCAAGGAACCCAAAUGUUCCCUGGGGGGCUGCAAAGAGCCCAGACGCUGAGAGCUGUGCAGCCAGAACUUGUCACUUGCCUGAGGGGUUCUUCCUCUCCUCUUACAGCUCCAACUCCUUGUUUUUAGUGAGAACAGCUCGCUGCAAGAGGCAGCAUUGUACAGAGUAGUUAUGUUUUUAUUCUCUUAACCUAAGAGGCUCUCAGAGUGCUCUUAGUGCCCUAAGCAACUCUAAUAGUCAAACCUGAAGCUUAGAUCCCUAAGUAGCUUCACUGGGCUUUUUCCUUGGAGUCACUCUACUGCUGAAGCACUUUUCUCAAACACUCGAAGUCUUCCCUGUCAGGUUUGCAUUGGUGUGCUGUUCAUGUACACAGAUUUACAGCAUUGUUCAUAAGCUUUGUGUUGGAAAAUAUUACAGCUAUGCAUGUGUUAGCUACCCCCGUCAGAUAAAUAUGAGGGGCUGUAAAAUACAAGUGACUUUACACAUCCUAAUACCACACAGCAUGAUGAGGAUUUCUGCUGAUUAGCUGAGGAUAAUCUCAAAUGCAUGGAAGGGCUUAGUUUAACAGGUUAGCUACUCUGGUUGAUUUGGGAUUUUUCUUUUUCCACCUCUGCAGUAGUCCCAGCAGAUAACUGAGGGAGCCAGGCUGACAAACAUUUCUGGAGUAUCUUUGAGAGGUAUUUUUCUGUUUCUUGCUGUAUGCAAGAUGCUGGCUGGCACUUGCCUGAGAACCUGCCCUGUGGAGAGCCUACAAAAUACACGGUCCCUUUUUGCUGUGCUCUGUUGUCCUGUCUGUCCUUUCAGGAGAAGCUGCACAGGGGUGGCAAGGAGCAGAUGGAGCUAUGGCUCUGUCCCACUGAACUCUGGCCAGGCAAGCUGACAGCCUACAGGAAACAAAGUGGGUGUCUUCCAGUAGAAAGGCUACAGAAAAUGUGGGAAGGACAAAAACCAAACCAUCUCUCCUUCUUUCCAAGCCAGCUCCAAAAAAGGAAGCUUCCAAAACCCUUUGUUAACAAUAAAUGUGGGAAGUUUACUAUUUAGCUGCUACCAAACACACUUCUAAAUAGCACCAGAAGGGAGGGCUCCCGAGGAUUCUGUGUGACAAACCUGCUUGAGGCAGUAUGAAGCUGUUCCAGCUGUGCACACCAUCCCUCUGCUGGGGUUUGUCUGCAUCCCUCCCUUCUCCCCGUGCACAGGACCUGCACCCCAGCCCUCCUGAGAGCAGCGAGUCCAUCACCAUGCAGGCCAGCAGGCAGGGACUCACACAGCUGGGCUGCCUGGCUGAGUGAACACAUCAGGCUUUUAUAUCAUCACAGCCUUCCCAGAGAAUGCCUGUCAGAUCCCCAAGUCUCUGACACAGCUCAGCAUGGGUUUUCCUCACCUUGUGUUGCAGUCUUUAGAAAUCAGGUCAGUUCAAUGCCAUGGAGCUUUUAAUGUUGCAUAUCUACAAAUAGUUUGAACAAGGCUGCUGCUAACUGCUGCUGUGAGUGCUCAGCCUGCUCCAAAACUCCCUGGAAUACUCAGAAGGGAGCAGAACACCAGCAACACACAAAGAAAACGUGGAGCAGCAAAGGACUUGUGUGCUUUCAUUUAAAUCUGUGUGCACAAAUCUACAGAAAUCUGCUGAUGGCCUUGGUGAGAGGCAGAGCAGGACCUUUGGUCCCCCUGUUCUUCACUGACAAGACCUAGUUUACUUUUAAUUUCACCUUCUUGGGGAAAACAGCACUUCUUUCCCUAGGACCCAGUAAUUUUCUUUGGUGUCUCCUUUUGUCCCAAAUUGGGUCAAAAAUUAUCAAUCACAAGGCUCUCCACUGAGUGAAAAAAUCCAAAGUAUUCCACUUUGGAGAUACCAAAGUCAUACUGAAAUGCUUUGUCUCAGUAUUGUCAAAACAUUUACUCUUAAGUGUUGUACAGCAAUCAAAGAUGCUCUGUUGCUUUCUGUGAGAGUGUGCUGAGUAUUCAAAACAAGAACAUUAACAUCAGAGUGAAAUGAGGAAGUCAGAAUAAAGCACCUCUGCACCUUAAAUAUUUCACAAAAAUAUAUUUGAUUUCAAGUUUCCAGGGUUAAAAUUUCAACAAAGCAGCAUUUUCUGUCUGGCUGUAGAGAGCUUUUGGUCUGACUGUAGUAUUUAAUUGAAUUCACAAUGGCUGAUUGCACCUGGGUAAGUUUUACAUCUCGCUUUCAGGUCUGUAUUAUCCAGCCAGGAAAUUAUGCACGCUCUACAAAAAUUCAGCCACCGCUCAGCGCCGAAGAGAUCUGGAGUGAACUGAGUGAAGAGGAAAAGGCUGUUUACAACAAGGAGUACGUUCAAGAGCGGGCAGACUUUU